CGCGCAUUUCGUCGAACACUCGAUGAGCACCAGUAGUGAAGUAAUGGCGGAUGUCCUCGCCGAUGGCCGCGCCGCCUGCUACAAGGCGCGGGACGCUUUCUACGCGUGCCUCGAGAAGGAGGUCGACAAGAAGCCCACCGAGAUCGCCACCGUUGGCCUUCUCUACCCCGCAGAGUGCAAGAAAUCACGCACCGUCUUCGUCAAUAGCUGCCGCCCCACCUGGGUGAAACACUUUGAUCGACAGUACUGCGCUAAGAAGAGGGUGCAGAGGUUGCUUGACAGCGAUGAAGCCCACCGAGGUCCCAUUUCACUCCCCCAGCCUUACACUUUCAAACCAUGAUGUUUACUUUCUUGUGAAUUUUCUAGAUGUUCAGUGAUUGGAACUUUUUUGUUCACGGUUCUAUUUUCAAUGCGAAUGUAUGGUUUUAGUGUCUGGAUUGAAGUCA